AUGUCUGCUCCUCGUUCAUCUCUCCGCGCUCUUCGCGCUGUCUCCAAGCCUGCUGCCACUCCUGCUCGCCGCAACCUACACAUCACUGGCGUGCAAUCCGCUCAACCCGCCACCACCGCCGAGAAGACCAUGUCCACCCAUGACAUCCUCCAAUCUCGUGCUCUCAGCAUUGCCAUGCGCAGAAUCAACGGCAGCGCCUUCUCAGACUCCCCCUCAACUCGCCAAUUCAACACCUCCCGCUCCUCAAAAGCCCUAAAUGACAACUCAACCGUCGACUUCGUCUACAUGCCCACCAUGGCCGACCUCGACGCCGCCCCCCUGCACCGCGGCAUUCAAGUCCCGGUCCUUCCCGAGCUUCCUUCAAUCCGGGGACACGCCUCUCCCCCUUCCGCCCCACCCAUGAAGCCACUGAUCUACACUGUCGCCGGUGACGGAGCCGACGUCGCCGCCAGCGCCAUGAGCGAGGUCGUCGACAACCACGCUGUCGAGCUGGACCCCUUCUCGUUGACCGAGGCCGUGGGUCGCUCCCGUGUCGGCGAGGAGAUCCAACGCAGUCAAAAUGCUACUGCUCAGCCUGGUGCCUUCAAGGAGCUUUGGUCUGGCUUUUUGGAUGAUGUUAUGGGACCCAAAGAGACUCUGCGGAAGUAG